GGCAGCAGAAGAGCAGCGGCGCCCCAGCCGAGCACAGCACAGUCGAAGUUUUGCAACGGAGCGUAGUGGACCAGCGUCGCGACGCUCCUGACCACCUGCAAGCCCGUCACGAUCCUGGAGCAGAGAGACCGUCGCCGCCCGACAGACGGCCCCGACCAAAAGUCUUCGAAGGAGAGGUUCCGCCGAUCGACGGAUCGAAGUUUCUUUCGCAGCGUGUGUACGCGAGGGACGGCGCGCCCCCCUAAAGUGACACAGCCUGGACCUGUGCUGCCCCAUCAUGUCUGAGGAGAAGUUUGCCAACGCGGGCAAGGUGGCCGGCCUGGAGAUCUGGAGGGUCGAGAAUUUCGACCUGAAGCGCGUGCAGAAGAACGACUAUGGCAAAUUCUACAUCGGCGAUUCAUACAUUGUGCUGUCGACGAAAAAGUGCGGCGGCCUGUUGGGGCUUGGAAGCAACUCCUGGGACAUUCACUUCUGGCUCGGAGCGGAGACUUCCCAGGUAAGUUAGCACAUGCGAGGGAAUGAAGGAAAAGGAGG